AUGGAUUCUUCAUCAUCGUCUUCAUCUUCACCUCAUCGCUCUCGCGGCGGCAGUAACAGCGAAGAUAGGCCGUGAUUCUUCAACACAAAAGCAAAGAGCAAGGGCUGGUCGAACGCCGCAAUAGUGCCAGGUCGACACCCUUAGAGGUGGCGCAAAGACGGCGCCGGCAACGUUGUCUGUAAGCGCUUCUGCAAUUGCCAGGGCUGCCUCUGCUUCGAGUAUGAUCACAUCCUCCCCUACUCCAAGGGUGGUGAAUCUGUAGCCGAAAAUUGCUAGAUUCUUCAAACAAGAGUAGUGAACAUAUUCAAAUCUAACAAAGAGGGGGUCGACGAGAAUGAAUUGAAAGGGUACUCUUGUGAUGUCAAGUUUACAGAUAAGGAGCUUGACAUAAUUGAAAUGGCUUUUUAUGGGGAUGUGAUCCGGCCAGGAAACCAGUGCCGAUGCAGAACUGUAGCUGAGAUGCUUGGUCAGGUCAAGUCAAAAGACAAAACUGCUGCUUGCAAGUUGCCGCAUGGCAAUGAGGCCCUAUAGCAAAUAAGACGUUCUGGAUGGUAAGGUAAAUAAUUUUAGGCCUUGAUAUCCAGAAACUAAAUAUGGAACUAUAAA